AGGCGAGCGUGAUAGGUUUUUGGGAAGGCGGAAGGUUUGAAUGGUCAAGGCUUUUGGCUGUUAAUCUUACUCUGAGGCUGUAACGUCAACCGUCUGCAGAGAGAAGCGGCAAAACCCGACCCUGGCCUAUCUGGUCGAGAGGCAUAGAUGUCUGGUUAAAUCGCCGCCUUUACCUCAGAUUUUCUUUAAUUCUUCUAGAAUCUUCGCUUGUGUCUGAUUUCCCUGCCUACUUUCAUUGCUCCUGAAGGCAAGUCUCGGACUCAAACCUGAGAACUUGGAGACCAUGUCUGCAGAAUUCUCAUCCAAAAGAGAGGAGGGAAGCCUUGCCUCAGGACCUAGUUUUAGGUCCAAUCAGAGGAAGAUAUUAAACCUGCUUCUUGAGAGAGAUGCCUCCUUUUCCAUCAGUUCAGAUCUCCCUAGAACUCCAGUGGAGAAGAAACUUUUUGGUGACUCUGCAAACCUAAGCAUUUUGUCUGGAGGAACCCCAAAACGUUGCCUUGAUCUUUCGAAUCUUAGCAGCGGGGAGAUGUCUGCCACUCAGCUUACUGCUUCUGCAGACCUUGAUGAAACUGGUCAUUUGGAGUCUACAGGACCUGAGCAAGUACAGUUAGCUAGAAUGAAUUACCACCAACAUCUUAUAAAAUGUAGCCCAACACAGCUGUUUUGUAGCACUCCGAAUGCCUUGGACCGUGGCUGCAGGAAGAAAGACGCAGUAUGUGGCUCAUCUGCAAAUAAGGAAAAUGAAAAGAGCACUUCAAAGCCCCUGGCGUGGUGGGUACCCAGGAACCUGAGGUCUCCUCUUUCUCUACUGGAUAAUGGAAACUUGGUGGAAAGUGAAAUGAAACAUCUGGGCAGUCCCAUUACUACAGUUUCAAAAUUACAUAAAAAUCCAGAGCUAGCAGAAGAUCAGGCAGAAGAGAUAUCAGAUGAAUUGAUGGAGUUUUCACUGGAAGAUCAAGAAAAGGCCAAGCCACCUCUGAACCGGAGUUCCCUGUAUCGCUCCUCAUCAUUGCCAGACAGCUUGAACAGUCCAAGUCUGAAGCAGGUGGUAAAAUUCAAGGACAGCACAAUACCAGAUAAAGUAAAAAAGAAUUUUUGUUCAAACCACAAAGAGCUCGGAAAGGACUUAGGUCUAAAGAAAAUGGUCUCCCUCUGUGACAUCAACAUGACUCAGAUGCUGGAGGAAGAUUCAAACCAGGGGCCUCUGAUUGGUGAUUUCUCCAAGGUGGCUGCCUUGCUAUUGGGGGAGUUCCAGGGUCUGAUUGAGAAGUUUUAUAUCAUUGAUUGCCGCUAUCCAUAUGAGUACCUGGGAGGACACAUUCAGGGAGCAUUAAACUUGCACAGUCAAGAAGAACUAUAUAACUUCUUUCUGAAGAAACCCAUUGUCCCUUUGGAUAUCCAGAAAAGAAUAAUCAUUGUGUUCCAUUGUGAAUUCUCCUCUGAGAGGGGUCCCCGAAUGUGCCGUUCUCUGAGAGAAGAGGACAGGACUCUGAACCAGUAUCCUGCACUGUACUAUCCAGAGCUGUACAUCCUCAAAGGGGGCUACAGAGACUUCUUUCCAGAAUAUAUGGAGCUGUGUGAACCACAGAGCUAUUGCCCGAUGCAUCACCAGGACCAUAAGGCUGAGCUGCUGAGGUGUCGAAACCAGAACAAAGCAUGGGAAGGAGAGCGACAGCUGCAGGAACAGAUUGCCUUACUGGUGAAGGAUGUGAGCCCAUGAUAUCAGGUCACCUACUGGCUGCCUGGGACUCACCAAAAGGCACUGUAGAAACCCUGAGCAGAAAGAGGCCAUCUUCUGUGCAGCCUUUUUUCAUUCUAAGAUGUUAAAAGAUGUCAGUAAACCAACAGGCUGCCAAACUAAAGAAAUCCCAGGCAUGGGGAUUGGUUACGUUUUAGUAGAGCUGUUGGCUAGUAAGAAAGUCCUCGAGCUAGUUCUCCAAGGUUGGAGCCUUGGGUUGCGUGGAGAUUUAUGUUGCUUCAGGGGGCUGUUGCAUUCCUCUUCCUAACUACUCGCGUCUUCUCAGAGGUCAGCCAGAUCUUUCUCCUGGGCUUCUGGCUAUACAAGAGAGAGUUGAGAGAGUUGUCCAUCUUCUUUCUCUGAAUUUUCCUUGUUUGUCUCCCUCUCUCUUCUUUUUUUAAAAAUGGAAAUAUAAACAUUGAUGAAUGAGAAAAACUCCUAGAAGAUGUAUAUAAGGAAGUAAUCACCACAUUUAAAUUCCUUCAGACAAAGAUGUAGCCAUCUCUAUUCAUAGCUGAGGCCAAAGUGCUUUUCUCCAGACCAUGGUUCUCAAAGUUUGGGCCCUGGUCCAUCAGCAUUAUCUGAACUUUGCUUGAAAUGCAGGUUUUCACAGCCCACUCCAGACCUACUAAAUUGGAAUGUCUGAGGUUAGGGCCCAGAAAUCUGGGUUUUAAAAAUCUCCCUUUCAGGUGAUUGUGAUGCAUGUCAAGGCUUGAGAACUACAGCUCUGGAGUUAAAGAAAACCUUUUAAAUGGAA